AUGAAGUUUCAGCUGCCAAAAUUCUUCUUUGAUCCCUCGAACCCUGUGGGAUAUACAGUAAAGGUAGUGUUGGAGUUUGUUAAUGGUAGUACUCGUUUGGUUCGUAAGUGCACAAAGCCUGACCGUAAGGAGUAUAUGAGGAUUUUAAACGCAUGUGCCGUCGGCUUUUUCGUCAUGGGAUUCAUUGGCUAUUUUGUAAAGUUACUCUUUAUUCCAGUCAAUAAUAUCCUCGUUUCAGCUCCCAAAUAA